AUGGAUAAGAAGCUUUUGGAAUAUAGUUUUAAGCCAGAUGAUAAUGAAAAGAUGAUCAGUAAUUUGUCACUGUCAAUAUACAUUGAUUCAUUAUUCUAUCUCAGUGUUAUUGUUGGUACUACAAUGGAAUUUGUUGAUCAAAGUAAUUGUAUAAUUGGCACCAGUGCUGGCACCAAUGCAGCUAACCCCACCAUCAUUACCAGCAGCGAUCAAAAGGACACUAUGAAUUUUGGCCAAAAGGUUGAAGAUGCUUGA